UUUCUCUUAAUAAAAAUGCUCUUGCGGGAGGCGAGAGUCAGACCUCCAUUCGAUCAUUGCUGUACGCACAGUGACGAAUGGACUCUCUGCCUGCAGUUGAGGACGUCCGACACCUGGCUAUACGGGAGUGGCAUUACGAGAGGAUUUCUGUCACGUGACAAAUUGUUGACGUCCGGGUGGGUCCAACAAGAUGGCGGCGCGCUGGAGCAGCGAGAAUGUGGUGUUGGAGUUUCGAGACGCGCAGGCGACCACCAUGUCCGUGGACUGCCUGGGCUCGCACGCCGUGCUUUCUGGGCGCCGCUUCCUGUACGUGGUCAACCUGGAGGCGCCGUCGGAGCUGGCCAAGAAGAUGUCUCGCCAGAGCAAGUGGGACGUGGGCACCGUCCAGUGGAACCCCCACCGCUCUCAGGCGCACGUCUUUGCCGCCUCGGUCCGUUUCCCCCGACCGACGCCGGCCGAGCCAGACCUCGCUUUGCUAUCGCUUGCUCUGUGCCUCUUUGUGUCCAUUGUUUCCAGAGCAACCAACGCGUGGAGUUGUAUUCGUGGAAGGACGGCGUAGGAAGUGUCCACACGUCGCUGUCGGGCCACACGCGAGUUAUCAGCGAUCUGGACUGGUCGUGCUUCGAAGCAGAGUUCCUGGUUAGCAGCUCGGUGGACACGUAUAUGUACAUCUGGGACAUCAGAGACACACGCAAACCUGCUGUGGCGCUGUCUGCUGUCGCCGGCGCUUCUCAGGUCAAGUGGAACCGCAGGAGCCGUGACGUGCUGGCGUCCAGUCAUGACGGGGACGUGCGCAUCUGGGACAGACGGAAACCCAACACGGCGUGCGAAUACGUGGCGGCGCAUCUGUCUAAGAUCCACGGGCUGGACUGGCACCCGGAGCACGAGUUCAUCCUGGCCACCAGUAGUCAGGACAACUCUGUCAGGUUUUGGGACUACCGCCAGCCCAGGAAGUACUUGAACAUCUUGUCAUGUCAGGUUCCCGUGUGGAAGGCCCGAUACACGCCCUUCUCCAAUGGGCUGGUCACAGUUAUGGUUCCUCAGCUGCGGCGCGAGAACAGUCUCCUCCUGUGGUCCACACUGGACCUGAACAGUCCUGUCCACGCCUUUGUGGGACAUGACGACGUCAUCUUGGAGUUCCAGUGGAGGCCGCAAAAGGAAGGUCAAGGUCACGCACGUUGCAAAGACUUCCAGCUGGUGACGUGGUCCAGAGAUCAGACGUUGAGGAUCUGGAGGGUUGACCCGCAGCUCCAAAAGCUGUGCCUGAGCGACCUGCCGGACGAGGUGGCGGAUGGCGCGGCGGCCAUGGUGGAGUCGGAGAAGACGCUGACGUCCACCGAUUCUGAUGGACAGCGGGCCAGAAUUCUCGUCGGGCCUCAUCCUCAAGAUCAAGACGGCGGGCGGGACUCGACGGCGUCUUCCGGCCUGGCUCAAACGCUCCAACAGGAAUUCUCCCUGGUCAACCUGCAGAUCAGGAAUGUCAACGUAGAGAUGGACGCAGUGAACUGCAGCUGCGUUGUGUCGGCUCACUUCGGGGCUCAUCAGGUCCGCCUGCUCAUGAAGUUCCCGGGACAAUAUCCCAACAACAGCGCCCCUACCUUUCAGUUCCUCUCUCCGACGAGCAUCUCUGCCGCCAUGAAGACAAAGAUCCACAAAGUCUUGAGUGACGUGUCCCUGCAGAAGGUGAAGAGGAAUCAAAACUGUCUAGAACCUUGCGUCCGGAAGCUCGUGUCCUGUCUGGAGUCCGUCGUGGAGGACAGCCCAUCCUCAAGACCUUUCGUGCUGUCCAAUCCCGUGGCUCCGACGCUGCAGGCCUUUCCGCGAGUCAUCAACACCUACGGGUCCUACCAGGACGCCAACAUUCCCUUCCCGCGCACGUCGGGCGCUCGCUUCUGCGGCACCGGGUGUCUGGUUUACUUCACCCGGCCAAUCAGCAUGCACCGCGUGGCCCCGCCCACCGAGCCCACGCCCAGGUCGCUGUCGGCGCUGUCGGCCUACCACAGCGGCGUCUUGACGCCCAUGAAGAUUCGCUCCGAGACGCAGAACACGCUCCGACUUUACAGCGGCAGCCCCACUCGGGCCGACAAAGACACCGUCUCCAUCUCCUCCUUCUACUACAAAGAGCGGAAAUCGCGGCGCUUCAAGAGCAAAAGGGACGGCGCCGACUGCGGCGGGCGCUCCAUCAAGUUGGCGGGGAAGGUCAUCAUCCAGGAAAUUUCCUGCCUGCUGCCCGUUCACAAAGUUCUGGGAGAAAAUUACAUCCUGAACAUGAGUGACACGGAGGACACGUGCCAGAAGAACGCCGCCGCCGCACUGGCCGUCGGCCGUCGUGACGUGGCCAAGGUGUGGGCUCUGGCCUCGGCGGCGACCGGUCGAGGCCUGAGUCCUGAUUCGGACCCUGACGCAGACGCACCCUGGGCCAGUCAUCCAUUUGGACGCCGCCUGUUGGAGACGCUCGUAGAGCACUACAGUCACAUGAGUGACGUGCAGACGCUCGCCAUGCUAUGCAGUGUCUUUACAGACUCGGGCGCCAACGUGGAAGUGACGCACGCUGCGCCGCAGUCACGCCAAGUGCGUUUUGCCGGCUUGAGCGAGUCGACUAUGGCGUUUGCGUGUCGGGAACAGCCGGAACAGGCUCUUGGCCGCAGCGAGUCCCCCGAAGAUGCCCGCCACGGCAGCCGGGGACACGUCGACCCGAGGGAAUGGGAGCGUGAGCGGCACGACAUGAACCGAAGACUUUUGGACCCAACCAACACGCCGCAGUUUGACGACUUUAAGAAAUGCUAUGCGGAAAUUCUCUAUCGGUGGGACCUGCGAGACAAGCGCGCCGACGUGCUCAAGUUCGCUUCCUGUCCGCCCGAGCCGCACCAAGGCGUCGAGUUGUGCGUGCUAUGCUGCCACUGCGGCAGUCCCAGUCGCGGUACUCAGUGCGUGGCCUGCAAGCGCCUGAGCUUCCAGUGUGUGGUGUGUCAUGUGGCCGUGCGGGGCUCUUCCCACUUCUGCCUCGGCUGUGGCCACGGCGGCCACACGGGUCACAUGAUGGACUGGUUCCGGAAGCAGGAGCAGUGCCCGGCCGGGUGUGGCUGCCGCUGUCUGCAGCAGAGCAACUUCUGACGGCGCAGAACAACUUUAGACGGCCGGCCUGAUGCCCUGUCUGCAACCCGUUCACAAAGUUUUGGGAGAGAAUUGCAUAUGAGUGGGCGGAGCCUCAACGUAAAUUCUGUCAGGUUUUUCCGUCCGACAGUCAACUUGAGGGUAUCAAAAAGCCCUUGGAGCUAUAAAGGAGCAGUGGGGUCAUAUUUGGGCUGGCCAAUAAUUCAAGAUCGUACAGUACACCGCCAUGGACACCAGAACAAUAGAAAUAGCGCUCAAUAUAAUCUCAUUUAAACCAAAACAAUGGUUUCAGGAAGCAAACCCUUGCCUGCUACUAUGCGAGCUAACCGGAAUCUAAAUGUAUUAAGUUCUGCUUGAAGCUGAAUGACAUUGGAAUAAUUAUUCAAUGCACUGUAGACUACAACAGGGCAGAUUCCCAAUUCAAAGCAAUUUUGGCAUGUAUGAAUACAUUGUUUUUGUUUGUUUGUUUUUUUAGAUGAAGACAAAAACAUUUAAGGAAGCGUAUGCAAUAUGCACAAUGGAAUUCUAAAGAAGCUUUUCUUCUUGUAUUUUCAAGAAUCGUGAAAAUAAAUUAACGAAACAAUG